AGAAGAAGAGGAAACGUUGGGAAAGAGAAGAGAAUAUAGAAGAAAAAGAGGAACUGUUGGAGAAGAAGAGAGGGAAGAUGGAGGCAGCCGUGUGGGCGCGUGCCAAGGGAGGAGGGCAGGGGGGGGCAGGGGCGGCCCCACAUCCCCAAUCUGCCGCCGGUGCCCCCCGCCCGCCGCGGGCAUGCAGGGCAUGGAGCUGUGCGCCGUGGCCGUCGUCAUCCUCCUCUUCAUCGCCGUCCUGAAGCAGUUUGGCAUCCUGGAGCCCAUCUCUGUGGAAGACACCUGCGACGGCGACGUGGAGCUGUCGGCUGCGCGGCACCAACCCGAGGGGCUGGAGGAGCUGCAGGCACACACCAAGUUCACCAAGAAAGAGCUGCAGUCCCUCUACCGUGGCUUCAAGAACGACUGUCCCAGUGGCCACGUGGACGAGGAGACCUUCACGCUCAUCUACGCGCAGUUCUUCCCGCAGGGAGAUUCCAGUGCCUACGCUCACUUCUUGUUCAACGCCUUCGAUGCGGAUGGCAGUGGGGCACUCUGCUUCGAGGACUUUGUCGUCGGGCUGUCUGUCCUGCUGCGGGGCACGGCGCAGGAGAAGCUGAAAUGGGCUUUCAACCUCUACGACAUCAAUAAGGAUGGCUGCAUCACCAAGGAGGAGAUGCUGGAGAUCAUGAAAUCCAUCUAUGAUAUGAUGGGCCGCUGCACCCUGCCUGCCCCGCGGGACAGCGCGCCUGCAGAGCACGUGGAGCAGUUCUUCCAGAAGAUGGACAGGAAUGGGGACGGCGUGGUGACCUACGAGGAGUUCCUGGAGACGUGCCAGCAGGACGCGGACAUCAUGAGCUCCAUGCAGAUCUUUGAGAACACCAUUUAGAGCACAGGGGUCCCAGGACGGCCGUGGUGGGACACAGCG